CUUUCCUGCAUCUAUGGAAAAUAAUUUUUUAAUAAGGUAAAAGUAAAAAUCAAAGGUACAAGCUGCAGCAACUGCUUGCUGGGAAAUUAAUCGAUUUUAGUUUCUGGAACUGAAACUCAAUUGUCGCAGAGGGGAAUAUUAAAAAUAAAAUAUGCCAAUUCCUCCAUCAUUGGCAUCCACGCUUCUUCACCAGAUCGAUCAAGACCAAGCCCUAAUCCCCGGCCUUCCAAACGACGUCGCUGCCCUUAUCCUUUCCUUCCUCCCAUACUCCCACCACUGCCGCCUCAAGCCCACCUGCAAGCCCUGGUACAUCUUCCUCUCCUCCAAAACUCUCCAUUCCCUCCGCCGUCACCACCGCCGCCGCUCCCUCUCUCACCUCCUCUGCGUCUUCCCCGAGGAUCCUCACAUCUCUUCUCCUUUCCUCUUCGACCCCCAACACCUGGCCUGGCGCCCGCUCCCUCCCCUGCCUUGCAACCCCCACGAGUACGGUCUCUGCAAUUUCACUUCCGUCUCUCUCGGCCCCCACAUCUACGUCCUCGGCGGCUCCCUCUUCGACACCCGCUCUUUCCCUCUAGACCGUCCUUCUCCUUCUUCAUCCGCUUUUCGUUAUAACUUCCUUACUUCCUCCUGGGAUCGCCUCGCUCCCAUGCUUUCCCCACGCGGGAGCUUCGCCUGUGCUGCGAUUCCCAGCGCUGAUCAAAUCAUCGUAGCCGGGGGUGGCUCCCGCCACACCUUGUUUAGGGCUGCUGGGAGUAGGAUAUGUUCGGUGGAGAGGUACGACGUGGAAAGAGAUGAGUGGGAAGCAUUAGACGGAUUGCCCAGGUUUCGAGCUGGUUGCGUGGGGUUUGCGGUUAGAGAAGGUGGGGAAGAAGGGGAGUUUUGGGUGAUGGGAGGGUAUGGAGAUUCGAGGACUGUCUCGGGAGUGUUUCCAGUGGACGAGUAUUAUAAGGAUGCUUUGGUGAUGGAAUUGAAGGGAAAUGGCGGUGGGAAAUGGAGGGAACUUGGGGAUAUGUGGGGGGCAGGGGAGACUCCUAGGUUUGGGAAAAUAGUUAUGGUGGAGGAUGAAGAUGGGGGUAGUCCUCCUGCUAUUUUCAUGCUUGAUGAUAAUGAUAUCCUCAGAUACGACAUGGCUUCAAAUCGUUGGCAAAAGGAAUGCAGUGUACCAAGGAGAGCUCCUUGUAAGAGUUCUUAUGGUUUAGUUGUCCUGAACGAGGAGUUACAUGUAAUGACAAUUGUAAAUGGAAUUGAUUCAACUGAAACUCGACGGUCACGACAGCAGAAAAGGGCGGGGACAUUGUUCAUGCAGAUAUAUCAUCCUAGGAAGAAGACCUGGAGGUGCCUUGUCACAAAGCCACCAUUCCGGCAACCAUUGGAUUUCAGUACCACAGUUAUGUGCCCAAUUCAACUGUAAAUGUAAGAAAAUCCCCUGCUUAUUGCAGUUAAUCACACGUAAAUAAUCUGGCCAUUCAUAUAUUAUGUCUGUUGAUACUUCUGGUUCUUUAUUUGCAUUGUGCAGUCUGUAUGAUAUAUGGUUUAUCGAAAUAUAAUAUGUAAAUGCCUCAUUGAUAGAAGAAACAAUAGCUUACGCAAUUGAACUACUAUAAUCUACGUUUUGUCA